UCAAGAUAGCCCACGGACCAGUCAGUGCCAGAAUUGUCUCCCCUACAUACUGGUUGUGAUUCUAGCCCUUGGACGAGCAUAGAGAAUACAAGUAUUAAAAACACAUUACCAAAAAGAAGCUAACUCAAAAAGUUGGCGACGUUUGAGGUGCCAAAGAAAUGUUUUGUGUGAGUUUCCGCAAGUCAUUUCACUUGUUGAUAUCGAAAAUUUAUUUGAAAUAAAGUUUCUUUGCCAAAUUUAAAAUUAAAUCUAAUUAUGUUGAAUAGCAAUGAAAUAAUGCCGGUGGCACAGUGAACAUAAUUGACUGUGGGGACUUACAGACGAAGGAUGGAUAACAAUGAACUCUAUAUCUUCUAGAAUGGUCACCACGUCACUCACAAUGGCUUAUACACUAUUCACAAAGACAUUUCCAUGAGUAGGAUUAUAACGUUUACAUAAACACAAGACCAUUGGGGAUGCCAUCAAAGUCAAGCACUGGAAGAGGAACUUGUUAUGCGAAGUAUUGAUUCUUCUUAAAGUGCACAAGAUCUUGACACAAAAAUGUACGGACAGAUCCAUUGCGUCAUACGAGAAUUGGUGGUCUUAAAGUUUGGGGAGGAGGCUUGGAAAACAAUCUUGCAAAAGUCUCAGUUGGAUGAACACAACAGUUUUCUCAUGUUUAACAGAUACGACGAUGCUUGUACUAUUGGCUUAGUGGGAGCAGUAUCGGACACUCUCGGUGUCCCCGUCGAGACGGUCCUAGAGAUCUUCGGAGAGUUCUUCUUCGACUACUGCCUACGUCACGGAUACGACAAGAUGUUGCGGACACUAGGCAGUGACAUAAAAAGCUUCAUUCAGAACCUGGACUCCUUGCACUCCCUACUGGCUCUAAGCUAUAAGGGGAUAGCCGCUCCGUCUUUCAGGUGUGAGGAUGGUGAAGAUGGUGAACUUAUUCUGCACUAUUACAGUGGUAGACCUGGACUGUAUCCCAUAGUCAAAGGUGUGCUGAAAGCAGUGGCCAGAGACUUGUUUCACCAAUCAGUGGAGAUGAGCAUCAUAGAACAGAACAGAGAAGACAUUGGCUGCAACCAGUCUCAGGAGCAUACAGCUUUCAGGGUACAGCUGAGACUUGGUGAUGGAUCAUCGUCGACCUGCAGCGAACGCUUGUCUCCAGACGGCUCUAGCUGUGACGGUCGAGAACUGGUCGAGUUCAACCCAGACACUGUCCUCCUGAGGGCGUCCAAUUUCUGUUCAGCUUUUCCUUAUCAUAUCAUUUUUGACAGGGAUCUCAGGAUAAGACAGUGCGGAGACCUGAUUCAGAAACACUCCAGCGUCAAGUUGUUGGAAGGGACACCGCUGACCCAGGCAUUCAGUAUUGUCCACCCGAAGAUGGUGCUGAGUAUUGAUAACAUACGCAAGUUCAUCAACGCCGUCUUUCUUCUCGCCAUCGUACCAGGAGAUAAUGGCCGCAGAACUCUGCUGUUAAAAGGUCAAAUGAUUUGGAUCUCAGAUACCCAAAACAUGAUCUUCAUCGGCUCUCCUCGCCUGACGUCCCUCAACGAGCUCAUGGAAAUGAACGUCUACUUGGCGGACAUCCCCCUCUAUGACGUCACCAGAGAAUUGGUCUUAUUGAAUCAGCAGAGAAUUGCCGAAAUCGAUAUCGCAAAACGUCUGGAUGAAACAACAGCCGAGUUGAAGAAAACUUCACAGGCUCUGGAGGUGGAAAAGUGCAAGACAGAGACACUGCUGCAUCAGAUGUUACCCAGAAAAGUUGCCAACGCACUGACCCAUGGGCAGAAAGUAGAGGCUGAAAAAUUCGAUCAAGUGACGAUUUUGUUUAGUGACAUUGUGACGUUCACCAACAUAGCGGCUGCCUGCAGUCCCAUGGAUAUCGUGAAUAUGUUGAAUGACAUGUACCAGAGGUUUGACCAGAGGACCUCCCAACAUAACGUUUACAAGGUUGAGACUAUAGGGGACGCUUAUAUGAUCGUAAGUGGUGUCCCAGAACAGACGACAAUUCAUGCCCAACCUGUGGCCAACUUUGCCUUAGACAUGGUAGAAGACGCUGGACUUGUGAAAUCUCCAGCUACUGGCUUACCACUCCAGAUCAGGGUAGGUGUACACACGGGACCAGUUGUGGCUGGUGUAGUAGGAGUCAAAAUGCCCCGCUACUGUUUGUUUGGGGACACCGUCAACACAGCUUCUAGGAUGGAAAGCCACGGCGUUCCUGGACGAAUUCAUCUAAGCCCCUCUGCAUAUGAAGCUCUCAAAGGAUGGGGAUACGCCUUCAAACAGCGCGGGGAGAUGGAGGUAAAAGGUAAAGGCAAGAUGAGCACCUAUUUCCUGUGCGGCCAUCUCCAGCGACGACUGAAAGAGCUAGAAGACGAGUACAGCCACCUGGAGAUACACCAGGACAACAACGAGCAGGGAAUCUUGGAGGGUUGGCCCGAAUCUAACCCCGAGGGGAAAGCCUCUUCCCCCUGCAACUCAUCACUCAAUCUUUCCGACGAAUGUAACGGUGACGAAGACCAGAGGCCCACGUUCUACGCCAGUUCCGACUCUGUGGACAGCCUCGGAGGCCGUGCGGGGGAAGAUACCGUACCAGAAGCCUCAUUCAGCAACGAAACUGACGUUUGCGCCCCUGUCAAGCGCGUGGGCCGAAAAUGCUACGAAAGGAGCAACAGUUCCCCCAGCACUCGAUUUAUGCGCAAGAAGAAAAUCUCGAGGACGUCGUUAGAUGGGGAAGUUUUCAGCGGCGCAGACAGCAAGGAUGUUGACGUCAAGACGAAAAUAGUUGUGGUACCUUCUAGCACCAAGACUUCGCUGGAAGAGACCACCUCGUCCAAUGACUGCAUCUACGUCAGCGGUUCUUUCAAAAACACUUACGGCCCCAAACAAUCAACUAGUGUUUGCAGUAACUCCCCCGACAUCCUAGCCACCAAGGUAGACGCUGACGAUACAACAGAAUCGGUCCCAGAUUCUAACGGUGCACCAUCAAUAGGGAAGGAAAACUUAAACCACGAAAGCUCCUUUCAAAGCCGGUUAACCCAGAUCGAAGAGGCUCACUCAGUUCUGCUGGUUUCCUCUGGCAAAUCAGCUUACAAUUGUAGACCCAUCAUCGCCAAAAGUGAGACGUUCCCUAUAUCUUCUGCCAAUGACGUCAAAUCCAAUUAUUCUUCGUCCACGUCACACCAAGAUCUGAAAAAAUCGUCCACGGGAGGGAGGGGAAGAAAGAAAAAGAAAGACAGCAGUAAACUUUGUCAGAUUGCUUGACCUUAGUGGACACUUUAGUCGCCAGGGAGACAUCACCUUAGAACUUAAUACAUUCAUGGGAUCAACUUGUACAAAUCUGUUGCUGUCAGUCAAUUUGUAAAAUAGGCACGCUGACUGAAGGAAUCAGUUUACGCACACACACCACUCAUAUCCGAUUACUCCUUGUUAGUCUUAAGGUAUUAACAGAUACUAUAGAAGAGUUGCUUCAAAUGUGGAAAAUGCUGACCGCCCAGUGCAGACAUAUUGACCACAUAAUUUAUCAUGUUCGUUAUAGAUAUUAACUCAAAUUAAGUGUUAUAAUUUGAAUAGAAAAAGAUCUUAAUACGAUUAUGGUAUCAUAAUGACCCGCUCACUUCCUUAAAAAAAAGUUUAAUUUUAGUAUCUGUUACAUCUUAGUAGCACAACACGCUUUACCCCCCCCCCCCCCUUUUCCCCAGUGAAUUAUAUUACCGAUAUUCCUUAUUUUACCCCACACUACCUUGGAAAUAGUUCUUUAUACAACCUCUAAAUAUUCUUCUGCAAUUCAGUUUUUUACCGAAACAUUUGAAAAGCUCUAUUGUAUUUUUUGCCGGAGCCCUUUUUACAAUGCUUAUAUUAACUUUUCAGUAUCUUUCGUAUGUUGAGAUUUUCGGGAUCAAAUUUUUAACUACUUCUACUCAUUCAAUUGACAUCAAAUUUUGCAUACAAGCUCAUGCUUGAUGACAAAAGAUGAAUCAAUUUAAAAAACCAACCAUUUAGUAGUAGUUUUAAACUUUGUUUUCUAUAGACAAUGUAUUAAUUUAAGCUAUGGAGACAGAGACGCGUUAUUUAAAAAAAAUGUAUUAUUGUACCUUGUGCAUCAAUUGCUCAUAUAAUAUUUUGGCCUAACCUCCCACCCACUUAAACAUCAUAUUAAAGAAAAAAAAAAAAAAAAAAGAAAUGUAAUCUUUUGAAAUGUCAGCUUAAAAAAAACAAUAUUGGGUUGAAAUGGCAAAAAAAAAAAAAAAGGUUCCAGAUACAAAUUAAGUAAUAACAGGUUAAAUGUUCAUAUUUUUUCCUUUCACUGCAAUUAGAAGAAUUAAUAAUAGGUGAUUGGGGAGUGCUUGAAUGACUGACUAAGGGUCCUUGUACUUAGAUACACAAGAUUAUGAACAGUAUAUUGUGAUUAAUGAUUCCAUGAAAUAAUGUUACUUAAAUUUAAUUAUGUCAAAUAGCUAAAAUAUAAAAAUAAAAAUCAU